GCGCCUGCCCCCGCCCACCCGCCCGCCGCGCGCGCUCAUUGGCUGCGCCUCUUCCGCCUUCCGCCGAGACCGCCAUGGAGGCCGGAAGCGAGAGGAAGCGGUCGCGCGAGGAGCCGGCGGAGGUGUCGGGCCCGUCCGGGGAGGAUGAGGACGAGUACGAGCCCUACGUGCCCGUCAAGCAGCGGCGGCAGCAGAUGCUGCAGAAGCUGCUGCAGAUGCGGCGCAAGGGGGCGGCGGAGGAGGAGCCGCGGGACAGCGGCAGCGAGCCCCGGGGCGACGAGGACGACAUCCCGCUGGGCCCCCAGUCCCAUGUCAGCCUGCUGGACCAGCACCAGCACCUCAAGGAGAAGGCGGAAGCCCGCAAGGAGUCGGCCAAGGAGAAGCAGCUGAAGGAGGAGGAGAAGAUCCUGGAGAGCGUGGCCGAGGGCCGAGCGCUGAUGUCCGUGAAGGAGAUGGCAAAGGGCAUCACGUACGACGACCCCAUUAAAACCAGCUGGCGGGCGCCGCGUCACAUCUUGGGCAUGUCGGAGGCGCGGCACGAGCGCGUGCGCAAGAAGUUUCACAUCCUGGUGGAGGGCGAGGGCAUCCCGCCGCCCAUCAAGAGCUUCAAGGAGAUGAAGUUCCCUGCAGCCAUUCUGCGGGGCCUGAAGAAGAAGGGGAUCCAGCAGCCGACGCCCAUCCAGAUCCAGGGCAUCCCCACCAUCCUCUCCGGCAGGGACAUGAUUGGCAUCGCGUUCACCGGUUCCGGGAAGACUCUGGUGUUCACCCUCCCAGUUAUUAUGUUCUGCCUGGAGCAGGAGAAGAGGUUGCCGUUCUCCAAGAGGGAAGGGCCCUAUGGGCUCAUCAUCUGCCCCUCGCGGGAGCUGGCCCGGCAGACCCAUGGCAUCCUGGAGUACUACUGCCGCCUGCUGCAGGAGGAUGGGCUGCCCCCACUGCGCUGCGCUCUCUGCAUCGGGGGCAUGUCCGUCAAGGAACAGAUGGAGACCAUCAAGCAUGGCGUGCACAUGAUGGUGGCCACGCCCGGGCGCCUCAUGGAUCUGCUGCAGAAGAAGAUGGUGAGCCUGGACAUCUGCCGCUACCUGGCACUGGAUGAGGCUGACCGCAUGAUCGACAUGGGCUUUGAGGGAGAUAUCCGCACCAUCUUCUCCUACUUCAAGGGCCAGCGGCAGACCCUCCUCUUCAGUGCCACCAUGCCCAAGAAGAUCCAGAAUUUUGCCAAGAGUGCCCUGGUGAAGCCCAUCACCAUCAACGUGGGGCGAGCAGGAGCAGCCAGCCUGGAUGUCGUGCAGGAGGUAGAGUACGUGAAGGAGGAGGCCAAGAUGGUGUACCUGCUCGAGUGCCUGCAGAAAACCCCACCGCCCGUGCUGAUCUUCGCGGAGAAGAAGGCAGAUGUCGACGCGAUCCAUGAGUACCUGCUGCUCAAGGGUGUGGAGGCCGUAGCCAUACAUGGAGGGAAAGACCAAGAAGAGCGGACAAAAGCCAUCGAGGCCUUCCGGGACGGGAAGAAGGAUGUCCUGGUUGCCACGGACGUGGCCUCCAAGGGCCUGGACUUCCCGGCUAUCCAGCAUGUCAUCAACUAUGACAUGCCGGAGGAGAUCGAGAACUAUGUGCACCGCAUUGGGCGUACGGGCCGCUCGGGGAACACGGGCAUCGCCACCACCUUCAUCAACAAAGCCUGCGACGAGUCGGUGCUCAUGGACCUGAAGGCGCUGCUGCUGGAGGCCAAGCAGAAGGUACCACCUGUGCUCCAGGUGCUGCACUGCGGGGAUGAGACCAUGCUGGACAUCGGAGGGGAGAGGGGCUGUGCCUUCUGCGGGGGGCUGGGCCAUCGCAUCACAGACUGCCCCAAGCUGGAAGCCAUGCAGACCAAGCAAGUCAGCAACAUCGGCCGCAAAGACUACCUGGCCCACAGCUCCAUGGACUUCUAGGGCUGCCCGCCGGGCACCAGCCCCUGCCCAGAUGCUGUGAAGGGGUGGGGGAAGGGGAAGGUGGCUGCUCCCUGGGCAAGUGCCAGUCGCACCAGGAAGGCCAUGUUAGCGCCAGGCGGCUGGUCCCUGUGUCUCGGGCAGCCACGCCACGGCCUGCUCCAGGCCCCUGGGGCAUGCUGCCCAUUCCCUGCUGCUCCAGAGCCGGGCUGCAGUUCUGGUGCUGGGAGGAAGUGCUGUGCCAUGCAGCAACAGCCUCUUACAUCAGCCCUACUGUUGACAUGCUGGGAUUGAGCAAGUGGGAGCCUCUGGGCCAGAUGCACAGCACCGGCCCAGGGGGAUUUGGGUGGGGGGAGCUGGAGGGCAGUAGGGACAGUCUGCUAGCCCAGGCCGCCUCGGCUCGGCCUGGCACAGAGAUUCUGCCAGGAUGCCCUUGGCCCUGCCAGGACUGUUCCCCAGUCUAGGGGAUGCUCAGCAUCUUCCUGGGGCUGCUGGGCUGGGCAGGAAGGGGCAGUCCUAGUCCUCAGCACCACCCCCCUUGCCUCAAGCAGGGGCUGUGAGAGCCUGCCUAGGGCAGACUCGCAGCCCCGCCUGCCCGUUCUGCCCCACUGCUCUGCUCUGGCGGAGGCAGGGCCAGCUCCACGGCUCACACGCCAGAAAGGGGAAGUGGAUGCAGAGGGGAAGUCUACCCCUGCACUCCUGCGGCAGCAGCCCCAGCUCCCGUGGCCAACGGCUCCACAACCCAGGCAGCUCAAGCCAUGGAGGGGCCCGUGAAGGAUGGGAUCCUUUAUGUCCAGCACUUCAAAUUUGGAAAGGUAACGGGCAGGGCUGGGCUCCAGGCCUUGCUGGCCAGGGGGAGGGGCGUGUGGUCUCGGCCCCACGCCUGGGUGCCGGGGAGGCAGCCACAACCAGCAGUCCUGGUGCUCCUGACUCUGCUGUGGGUGCUGCCUGCGGCAGGCGCAAAGGGCAAUAAAAGCUGUUACAGAGUACAA